AUGGAGGAGUCGUCUCCUAAUUUCUACUCCAGAGCAAUGCGGUCACCAUUAACCGAUGCCAGCAACAGAAUUAACAACUGCCAAACACCAAUUCCAGAACAAGCAUCAAUGAGGGAGGAAUACAUGCUGACUUCACCGGAACCGAUGUCCAUCGUGACGAGCCCGUUAUCGCCCCAGAGCAAUGCGGAUAAGACAUGUCUCUCGCCAGUAGUCGACUCCAGGGCGGGCUCUAAACGGAACUCUACAAUAUCGGCUACCUCCAUAAUCUCUGGAAAGGGGAAGAGGAAGACGCAUGUUGGACCAUGGCAACUGGGCAGAACGCUUGGGAGCGGGGCGACUGGCCGGGUGAGACUCGCGAAGCAUGCGGUCACAGGCCAAACAGCGGCGAUCAAGAUCGUAUCUAAGAAAUGCGCUGCCAUAUCACAGAGUGACAGCAUCGCUGCGAUGGAUAGAAGUGCGGGGAAUUUCACUGGGAGUGGAGGAAGGCAAAUGCCGUCCGGCAUUGAACGUGAGGUGGUGAUCAUGAAGCUCAUUGAGCACCCUAACGUGAUAAGUUUGUAUGACGUGUGGGAAAAUCGCGGGGAAUUAUACCUUGUUUUGGAAUACGUUGAGGGAGGCGAGCUCUUCGACUAUGUUUCUAAUCAUGGCCCGCUGCCAGAAGAAGAGGCUGUUCGACUGUUCCGACAGAUAAUAGCAGGUCUUGGGUAUUGUCAUCGCUUCAGCAUCUGCCAUCGAGACCUAAAACCGGAGAAUAUCCUACUAGACGGAGAACAUAAUGUCAAGCUCGCUGACUUUGGAAUGGCUGCCCUUCAGCCCGAAGGACACUGGCUCAAUACUUCCUGCGGAAGUCCGCAUUAUGCGGCUCCGGAGAUCAUUUAUGGCCGCAAGUACAGGGGCGCCAGUGCUGACAUUUGGAGUUGUGGAAUUAUCCUUUACGCGCUCUUAACUGGCUUCCUUCCAUUUGAUGGAGGCGAUCUUCACACCACCUUACAACUUGUUCGACGGGGCGACUACAUGAUCCCGCCGAAUAUCAGUGACGAGGCAGCGGACCUUAUCCAGCGUAUCCUACAGAAAAGGCCAGACGACCGCAUCAGCAUGAGGGAUAUUUGGCGGCAUCCGUUGCUGAAAAAGUACGAAAAGUUCCACCAGGCUAUAUGCAACCAUCACCUAGGACCCGCGCCUCCUCUGACAGUCCAGGAUUGCGGCCCGCCAGUUGUAAGACAAGACAUUGACGUGGACCUGCUGAGGAAUCUGCAAACUUUGUGGCAUGAUGUGAAACCGGAGAAGCUCAUCGAGAAACUACUAAGCCUUGAGGCAACCCAGGAGCGGAUGUUCUAUUAUGCUUUGGUUAAGUUUAGGAACGAACAAUUGGAAAACUACCAAGGCCAGCCUCUAAAGUAUUCAGCAAGUGAUUAUCACCACAUUUCACGAGGACAGGCCCGGCUCUCAAAGCACCUGCGAAGCCGCUCGCAGAAUGGAUCACGAAGGCGACCGCAAACCCCAGCCGCCAAAGAAACCGGCAAACGCAAGCCCUCUUUAAGGGAGCCAGCAUCAUCAUGUACAGUUGAGAGUUACGACCCCUUCCGAUCACCUUUCCAGCGAGUGCCAGACAAGUCACCACAGUACGCACGUGUCACUAUCCACCGAGAUGCGCCUGAGACGAGCCAACCUAUCGAAGUUGAGAGUGACCCCUCAAACCCAUUCCUCGAUGUCGACAAGGAGGAAAUUGAAAGCCAAGAAAGCCCGCCAUUUAAAAUAGUGCGGAAAAAGAGACCAAGAGUCGCUUCGGUCAAGUCAUUUCAAUCCAAGACCUCGCUUGCUUCACGUCGAGUACCAAAUUCCGUAUCCAACCCCCGGUCAGCCAGUUACAAGCGAAAUGUCUGCUUCCGCCACAACAGAAACCGUUCACAAAGUUCUGUAUCCGUUAGGGCGAAGACGGCUUACCCAAGACGACAAGCAAGCGAAGGAAGUCUCAUAUCAUCGCUUGGGGAUGACCCGUUCUCAGACCCACAAAGUAGCCCUAUGUUACCGGCUCAGCCAACAAUGGUCCGCGGUGCUGGCGCCGCCGUCAAACACAGUAUACAACGGAAGGUACACCAUUCUGACUUCAUCUGGAGAGAUGACACGCGGAAAGUUUCACACGAACUCAGUCAGAUAUGCGAAGAGGCUUUCAAUGGGAGCUCGCUGUCUACUGGAUGUACGGAUACCACUUGCGCAGGAUCAGAAACUCCUGCUACUUCGGUAUCAAUGGGCAGUGCGGGAGCAUCAGAUUACCAGAUGGAUGAUGGUAGUUCAACUAUCUGCCUCACAGAAAAGACACCGGUGCCAUCGCCGAAGGCUUCCCAAGCCAGCAAGGAGCUAGAAGAAACCCGCCGCAAGCUCAUCGAGCAUUCAACGAAGGAUGGCUCUAAAGACCUCCCAGGAUACAUUACAACAGUAAUAAACCAUCUUGAUCGGCUGAUCGAACAAGAAAAGUCGCGGCACCAUGGAAAGAAUUGCAAGGACAGGGAACCCGGCAGUUCAAUGAGUGACCUACGCUCCGGACCUUCACUGGAGCCCACCAGGCUCUCAAUCGUGUCCGAACACUUGAACACGAUACCCGUGAGGUCUGACAGCCUGAAUGCUGGGAAAGAUGGUAGAAAAGCCUCGGACUCAACUGCUGCAAGCAGUCGAAGAAGUGACAUCAGCCGCGGAAAGCGCUCAAUUCGAAUGGUGCCUCAUAGUUCUAUUCAGUCCAUGGGCAAAGCCGGUCCUUUGGCAGUCGGCAAGACCCGCGCAAUCUCCGAGCAGAGUGACGUGGGAUCUGAUACAGUCACUCGAGCAACAUCUACUCAUAGGCAUUCUCGCACGCCUUGCGAGCUGGAUCCGAUUGACGAACACCCAGCGUCACCCCGACGUAGUGCUGCCCGAACCUCCGACCACAAGAAGUGGUCUUGGUUUAGGAAAUCCCAGAACAUUGAAGACGAUAUCGCGAGAGGAUCACCUAAGGUCAUUAAGCCUCUACAUCCAAGCUCAGCAACAGUGAUCGUCCAUGAGGUUCGCCCUACAGCAGAAACUACAACAACACCGGCAAGCCCACCAAAGCUCCGAAAACCACCAUCGGACACACCAAAGAGCUCUUUCUGGAAUUUCAUGAAGAGGAAGACAAACAAGAAUCCUGACCCUGAACCAACACCCCCACACCCGUUCCGCGAUGCUCGUCUUGAUAACGAACAGCAACAGCAACACCAACCACAACCACAACAAAUAACGCAACAACCCGAGCCCAAGAAAUCCAAGACUCGCCGAAGCCGGCAGUCCGGUGGGCGAAGCAGCAACUGGUUUGCCCGCGUAUUCCAAAUCAAACCUGCUACGCGCGUCGUACCUCUUAAUACCACCAAGGUCAAAGGCCGCAAGGAGAUUUACAAAAUCCUCCGCGAGUGGAAGCAGUACGGCAUCGAGGACAUCCACCUAGAUAAAGCCAACAGUAUUAUCUACGGCCGAGUUGGCGAAUCAAACUUCCUCCACCUCCGCCCCGUCGAAUUCUCUGCAGACUUUUACACAGUCAUCGAAGACGGCCGACAAGCAAACCUCGGCCUUGUCCGCUUCCGACAAGAGCGCGGCGCCGCUUCUUCAUUCAACAAAGUCGUCGACACCCUCUCCAUGGUCAUGAAGCAGCGCGGCCUGGUAGUCGAGGACCCGGUCCGCGCAAAGAGAAUGGUGCAGGUGCUUGAUGCGUUUCCCAAUGCGUGA